GCAGUACGACACUUGGAGCAGAUUUACGGUCUCGGUGACGUCAGCGAUAUGGCUCGGCAGAAGAGCUGUUUUCUGGAUUCUGGAGCCGUUUUAGGCCGACAUUGAGUGAGAAAACACAACCUGAUGGGAAACAGAAAAUCAUGAAAGAUAUAGACGCUGUCGUGGCUGAGAAAAGUGAACAUUGGGUCAUCUGUGAAGGAACUGAAGAGGAGGCUCCAAUGAGGCGUAGCUUCUCAGUGGAAGAUCUCCUUGAUGAGGUGGAGAAAAUAUGUUGUGAUGCCUCAGGGUCUUCAAAGGUUGAGAUGGUAGUGAGGCUGUGGAAGGACGGUUUCACUGUGAACGAUGAAGAGUUUCGCAGUUACUCCGUCCAAGAGAAUCAAGACUUCUUGGAUGCUAUUAAAAGGGGGGAGCUUCCAACAGAGUGGGAAAGCAGAGCAGAAGAAGAGGAGCUGGAGAUCAGUGUGGAGGAUCUGACGGAGGAAACGUAUGUGCCAAAGAAAAAGGUGUUUCACCCGUUCAGCGGCAGAGGAUACCGGCUCGGCAGCGUUGCCCCCAGAGUGGUGGCCAGGUCACCAUCUGUGCACGAGGAUGGAGAAUCUCCUCCCAUUCCCUUGGUAACGCUCAACCAUGCCCUUCCCGUCACCUCUCUGCAGAUCUGGUUGGCUGAUGGUAGGAGGUUGGUGCAGAGGUUUAACCUAUCGCAUCGAAUUGCUGAUGUUCAAGAUUUCGUGACCCGCUGCCAGAGGAACUGCCCGCCUUUCAUCCUCACGACAUCGCUUCCGUCCAUAGAGCUGACUGACAAAGAGUUGAGUCUCGAGGAGGCAGACUUGGCCAAUGCUGUUAUUAUCCAGAGACCCCUGAACACAGAGGCCCCGUUCGGACAUUCCUGACCAAAAGGAGUCCUGAAUAUCUUCAUGAUGACACCUCGCCACCUCCCUGAUGUAUUUAAAUACCUUCUAAAAGGUAUCAUGGAUAUUUCUCACACGGUUUCAGCUGCACCAGUUAAAAUUCCUGACAAGAUUUGUCUCUCUUUGGGAGUGUCUUCAGCAUUAUAAUUACUGUCACUUAUUCAAAUAUCCUCUCCACUAUCGCAUGUAUUGAUGAUGUCAUGUUCUCCUCCAAGGGAACCAUUUAAAUCUCAAACUGUAAGAAAACUGUCAAUGCAAACUAAUGCUGCCAUCUGUGCAGAUGGCCUUCUGUUGAUUUACUCCCCACAUAUGCACAGUAAACUCUUUAAAGUCUUCCCAAACUAAGCACCAAGGUGUCUGCAAUAAUUCCAACGAAAACACGGGGAUGAUAUUUAUGUAUCUCGAGGCUUAUGUUUGUAUUUACUGAACAUUUUUGUUUGCUCUACUGAGGGAAAUAACUUAUUUUGGCCUUGUGUUGAGAAUUUGUAUAUAAUUUGUGAAUUUUAAUCUAAAUGUACAGUGAUACUCUUGUAUUUGAACACUUUGAAACAUAUCAGAUUAAUGUAUAAUAAAUAUCAUCCUCAAAGUCC